AUCCCGACCUCCUCUCCGGAAAGAGAGAAAAAAAACACACACACACACACGCGCGCGAGAGAGAGAGAGAGAGAGAGAGAGAAAAAAAAAGUACUUGCAGCCCCUCGAAGCCUUUCGGAUAAAAACGCACCGAAUGAAAACUACCUGGAGUUUUUGCCUCUCGCUUUUCUUCUUCUUCUUCUUCUUCUCCGCGUCUACGCAUCUAGCGGUGAUUUGAGAUUUUUUUUUCGCGUGCUUUGACGCCUCGUGCUCUUGCGCAAAACAUGGGAUUUACGUCUUAGCGCAGCUUUUUUUUUCUUCUUCUUCUUCUUCUUCUUCUCGCUUCUCCUUCGCGGAAAAACGCGCUCCGGCGGCUGGAAACUUUCCUCAAUGGAUUUAACCGACGGCUUUCCCGACUGAAGAAGUGCUCCCGUAGGGGAGUAAACUCGCCCCCCCCCCCCCAAAAAAUAAAAAAACUUGGAUUUACUUUGACCUAAACGGUGGGGGCUAAAGUGUUGAAAGCACGGACUUCAGAUGUGUCCCUUGCCGGCCAGAGUGACCCUUCAGUCCCGAGAUGGAUUCCAGAAGUCAGAGCGACAGCGACGGGGGAGGAGGGCGCCACGGGCGGUCGCCGUCAUCGACUGGCUCGUCGGGAGCGCCGCGUGACGAAGGGAGGCCGCAACCGCCGACCGGCGACGAUCCUCAAGAUCCUGGGCUGGACAACGGGGAGCCGGCCCAUACGCCACCGGUGCUGUCCCUGGAUCAGAUCAGGAUAACCGUGUGCAGCAAUGAGUACACGGAAGGCCCCACGGUGGCCCAGAGGUCUCCGGCCGCGCAGCACAGGCAGCAGAAGGGCGACCCGGUUACGUCACCGGGCUCGAGGACCAGUGGGCAGGAGACUCAGGAGGAGAGGCCUAACAACCUCCGCAACCUGCACUCGUCGCCACACCGCGCCAACGCAAACGCCUCCGUCUCCUCCGGGGAGGGCGCGCCGCGGUCCUCCAGCGCCGAGGGCUCCCAGAGCAGCGUCAGGACCAGCGUGGGCAGCGCCUCCUCGGGCCAGCGGCUCCUCAGCAGCCUGGCGGGCGGCGAGCAGAUAAUCAGGACGCAGCCGCCGAAGCGCUCGGAGGAGAGCUCGGAGGAGCUGAAGCCCCUGAACAGCGGGGGGGACGCCAGGACGGUGCAGCCCGUGCCGGGCAGCGCCGCCUCGUCCGAGGGAGGCGGCAGCGGCGGCGGCGGCGGGAUACACUCCAGCAAGUGCGAGGACUGCGGCCGGUGCCAGUGCCCCGGCUGCAGCCGGCCCCGGGUGCUCCCCUCCUGCUGGAUGUGCGGCCGCCGGUGCGUGUGCUCGGCCCAGAGCGCCGUGGAGUACGGGACGUGCGUGUGCUGCGUCAAGGGGCUCUUCUACCACUGCUCCAGCGACGACGAGGACACGUGCGCCGACAAGCCCUUCUCGUGCACGCAGUCGCACUGCUGCGUGCGCUGGACCACCGUGACGCUCCUCUCCCUGCUCUUCCCCUGCCUCCUGUGCUACCUCCCGGCGAAGGGGUGCGUGGCCGCGUGCCAGAGCUGCUACGACCGGGCCACGCGGCCCGGGUGCCGGUGCAAGAACCCGGAGCGGCGCGGGGACGACGGGAAGCCGACGUAGGCGGCGUUACGAAAGGCCGGAACCCCCGACUGAACUCGCACACGUGCGGCUGUGUAACCGGAGAGGCUUAACAAUGCUGUCACGCUUGAGUUUUUGUAUCUUUGCGCCGGUUGACGAAAAACGUUUCUACUAAAGGCACCCGAGGUGCAUCCGCUCGCCCUAACAUUACGCUUCUCCUGAAAGGUAAAACCAAAAUAAGCGCUCCACGUGUUUAAAGUAUGAAGACAACUACUGUUUUGUCCCGGAGGUUAAAAAAUAAAUAAAUAAAUAAAUAAAUAAACCCCUCAAGUGCCCUGAUACACGGCCGCACGAGUCCAGACGGGACGGCCUCGUUUUUUUAACAUUUAAUACAACUUAUACGCUAAGAGCAGACUCCUCUUACUAACUGUAUGUAAAGUAGUAAAUGCAAAGGGUAUGUACAUUAGGAAAAUAAGUCGGGACAGAUGUUUAUUUUUGUACAUAUAAUAAUACUUCGACUGUGAAAACGUUUUCCGCCGCGCCAGAGGCACCUUGGUGAAUCCACGUUCGUGUUACGAAUCUGCAGUUCCUCCACACGAUGUUUUGUUUUUUUUUACAUCCACUGGAAUGUGCAUCAAUCAUUUCUAUGUCAUUUACAAAGGAAAGAUCUUCUCCCUUCUGCUUGUAAAUUGUACAGUGACCUUAUAUGAGAAAUUUAUUUUCUAAUUCCAACAUUGCUUAGUGUAAAGUUUUGAAAAAAAAAACAAAAAAUCUAUAUUUAUUUGAAGGUUUUAUUAUUUUAUAAUGAAAGAUAUUUAUUUUGAGAAAGCAUCGUCGGCUGCGUUCCCUCUGGGCUGUUGUGUGUUUUUUUUUUUUUUUUCCCGUAGGCCCUGCGGACCGGGGGACGACCUGUGGGAGUGUCAAAGCUGGAUGAAUAGUUCACUAUGGAUUAGAAGACGAAUAUAUUAACGUUUGGAAUUAAACAACCUUGAAGUCUGA